GAGUUAAUCUGUUAUUGAUUCUGGAAUAAUUAUUUUGGUAUGAGAAGAAAUAUAGUCUUUUCUUUUAAAAUCUGCUAAAGAUGCAUCUGGAAUCUUUUUAAUAGGUUAGAGAACGUUAUAGGCCUUCAUCUCAGAAUCAUUCGCAGAAAGAGGGGAUAGCGAAACGCUGACGCGAGAUACAAGUUAUUAUUGGAUCCUACCUCAGCUCAGGAAUCUGGAUUUUCUGCGCAAAUAAGAUUGACAAUUCAAAAAGGUUGACUUCAUCGAGGAGUAUUGACGGAUUUUGAAAGAGAGCACACGAAAGGACGUCCAGAGCGUAUUCUUGCAGACAGCGCCACUUAUGACAGUUCGACAUCUAACAGUACAGAAGCUGCUGUCAUCAACGGUGAAUUCUGGCAUCAUAGCAGUUUUGCCUUCAUCUGACAUCUGAAUCUUCUGCUCGAUGUCCAGUUAGUAAAUCGUCUCGUUAUAACUGACAAAUUGGUAUUAUCGUAGCUUCUGAAUUAUACAUCGAUGGCUUCCAUGGAUCACAUAUUACCGCCAAAUUUACAGUGCCCAAUAUGUUUUGAGCUUCUAGAUGAUCCUAAACAGUUAACUUGUGAGCACACAUUUUGUAAGAGAUGUGUUCAUGAUUUGUUGGCAUGCUCUUCACAGAGUGAUGAAAAUUGCCUAAAAUGCCCAGUUUGUCAGAGCACGACGGAUGUCGGUGGUGGUAUUAUAGGAAAUCUCAACACAAAUGUUCCUCUCAAGUGUCUUCUAGAAGAGUACAGAAGUAAGAAGGGCCUUUGUGGAAUGUGCGAUAAAAAAGCAAAAGCCAAGCUCUAUUGCCGUGACUGCGAAAAUGAGAUGUGUAGAGGUUGCCUAAAAAUCCAUAACAAGUGGUCGCCUAACCUCAAGCAUGAAGUUAUUGCCUUAGCAGAGAUCAGAAAAGGGGUGAUGGUCUUCAACGAAAAGGUGUACUGUCAAGAACAUAAGUCCGAUGGGAAAGAUCAUGUCUGUACCGAUGUCUGUAAUACUUGCAACAAAUUUAUUUGUAUGAGAUGCCGAAUGCUGUUUCAUGAAAAGAAAGGUCAUUCCGUCAUUGACGCUGAAGACUACAAGAGUUCUAUCCGAAAAGAAAUUGAAUAUCUCAUUGACCAAGGAAAAACAAAAAGUAAGACUCUCAACAAGCAUGUUGCCUAUGUUAUGAGUCAAAUGGACCGUGUUAUCGAUCACACUGACAGCAUACAGGCUCAAAUAAACAAGGAUUAUAAUGACAUGUGCAAGAGACUAAAGGAACGAAAACGUGCACUAGAUUGGCAGUUGUAUGUUCAGAAGAAGGAACUCUGCCAGAGACUGGAGGAAAUGAAAGACACCAGUGUAAAAAUGGUCGUGAAUAUCGAGAAAGCGAGUGAACUGGCUGGCUACAGUUUAAAUGCACCUCUUAGAGGGAUCACCAUUACCAUCCAUGAAGCACUAUCAAGUGAAUUAAAGACAGUCCUCGAUACGGAUAACCCAGAACAGAAGUUUUCUCGUGACAUAGCUGAACGGGCUGAGGAAAUAAUGUUUGACCAAAAGAGUCAGUGCGAUAAGCUAGAGAUAGGGGAUAUCUUAUUCGUGAAAUGUAGGAUGAAAUGCGACGUUGGUCUCAACAAGGAGAACACCAUCAAUACGAUGACUGCUACCUCGGAUGGUAUGAUGGCAGUAGGAUACAGUACAGGGGGAAUCGACGUCUUCAAUGCUGAUGGCCAACUACAGACAACAGUACUCAAAGACGUUAAUAUCCUAGGGGUAGGAUUCCUUUCUGAUGGUCGGCGUGUUGUACUAUCCACCAGUAAUAUCAUGACAUUGUACACAUCAGAAUGGGAGAUACAGAGCACAAGGUUUCAGACUCUAUCUCUUGAUGAAGCAGGAAUCGCUGACCUCACCAUUGGCGAUGAAAAUCAGAUCUACAUCAGUUACAGGACAGCUAAACAGAUCCAGGAAUUCACACCAGCUGGUGGAAAUGCCAUAAGAGUGAUAUCAUGUCAAGGAUACGAACCUGAGCAGAUCUGCAGCUUUAGGAAUGGGUUCAUAAUAAAAUCUAGCAGUAGUUCUGCCUGUUCUGUGAGUGUCGUCGACUGUCAAGGUGUAAUAGAACACAAUGUAACAGUCGAGAACGGUGCUUUCUGUCCUUCUGCAGUAUGUCGUGAAAGGUCUAUCCUCAUCUGUUCAUUCAAGGCUGAUGAGGGGAUACUCACUGUCAAGGAGCACAGUGACGAGUUGGCUCCAGUUAAGACACUCGUUCAUCACCGGAUCGUGAAACCUGAAAGGCACUGGUUUUACCUUCAACAGUUUCGAUCUGGAGAGAUCGCCUUCUGUACGACAGAGAAGAUUUACAUCUUCGAAUAGUUAAGUCAACAAAAAAAUGAUGGGUGUUUUGAGCCUUUACUUUCACAUUCCCUUUAGGCGUAACAGUCUCCACUGAACUUGCUUCUAUGUUGAAAAAUAUACUGUAAAUAUCAAAUGAAUCAUUGUAGUAAUUACUGAUAGGCUACUUUUAUCUUGCCUUCAAGAGACUAUCCAUCGAUGUCUUCAUCUUAAAUCAGGAAUUUUCAGAGGUUUCUUCUGCGUCUUUCCUUCUACAAUACUUCUCAACACUACAAGUUAAAGACCUAUUAAGUGACAUCUACAUACUUAUAUUUAUGCACAUGAUCAACACUGGCUCUUUCAAUGUCGGCAUUUGCGGGGGGAUCUGUUAUCUCACUCUAAAUAUGCGUUCACAAUUAACAUGGCAAUUCGUGUGUUCUGCCAUAUACCUUUUCCACGUGGGAUCAAUUAUUAUUUACUAGUGGUAUUUAUAGGUGUGUGCAACGAUUAUGUCAUUGCUUUGUAUAUAAAAAUUGAUACGAUUUUUGUACUGCUUCGUGAUAAUUAAUUUUAUAUUACAUGUAUUACAUUCAUUUUAAAGGCAGCAUUUUUUUUAAAUAGAAAUUUGAUAUUACUUGUACAUUUUCACAUGGAUUGCCAAAUUCAAAUGGGAAUAAAGUGUGACUACAAAUUAGGCGUAUGUACCUAAGUCCAUUAGGUUUAACGCUUAAUUUUAUUUAGAUGGAUAUCCGCAAACACUUUGAUCAAGUAAAAUAUCUGCAAUAUUUCAGUCUUGUUAAUAUAAAAUCCUGUCGCAAGCUCGCAGAGUUUGAUUGAAAAUUUCAAAAUAUAAUCUUUGUCGCUUGUAAUAUUGUGAUGGGUUCCUCCCGUCACUCUCUCCUUUCUCUCUUCUAUUAACUCAUUAGACGGGACCCAGAUCAGUUAAUUGUGUCAUUCACUCACGUGGUCAGCUUCCAAUACCAGAUCUCUCCCAAAACACAUCCAUAAAUACAACCAACGCAUAUAAAUUAUACUUGAAAUCAAUCUUGAAGUUACAGCACUUUAUUUCCGGGUAACUUACCCUUAUAUUAGUACAAAACACUGUGUCACACGAGCGGCACCUCGAGAUCAUCUGCAGCGCCCGGCACGUACGUCCUCCCGCAAGGCCUCAUAAACCGCAACUAACCAUUUUCAAUGGACCGAAGGACAUACGUGCCGUGCGCUGCAGCCGUCUCGCCACGCGCACGCAUGUUUACAAUAAACUGACUUCGUUACAAUAUCAAAUACAAAAUGUCUAAAUGCUACAUACGAAUGUUAUGAAUACAGAAGAAAAAAAUAAAUCAAAUCAAUUGAUAAUAAUCUUAAUCCAGAAUUGGACGUUAUAGUAUUUACAUCCGAUCAGG